UAAUAAGAUAAGAAGAAGAAGACUGGUAGUAUUGCAGCAGUUCUCGUCAGUCCAUUCUUCUCUGCUGUGGUCUGUUCUUUUAUUGCCUCGUGUUCGUCUUCUCUUUCUCUGUAUUUAUUUCCCCCCAACAAUCCCCGUAGUAAUUUUGCUCUGUUAUUGUUGCUCUCGGAAACUUAGGUAGUUUAGUUGUUGCCGUAUUCCUUCUCUUAGCUCAAUCUCGUCGUAAGCUCCGCUGUGGAUAAGGACACCGCAAUUCCCAUCCCCCUCCCACCUCACCCACUCGCUCAACAACCCCAUCUUUUCAGAUUUUUAGAUUCCAGCGGAAACAAACAAACCAGCCACAACCUCCUAAUUAUAAUUAAAAGUAAGGAAAAACAAAAAAGAGAGAGAAAGAAAGCAGAAUAGAGUUAGAAAUCCUUCAACCUCUCAUCUGGACCGUAUUCGAGCGGUUUUCUUACUAUUUCAAUUUCAAAAAUUUGUUGAAAGUCGAUUGAAACCGUUAUGGAUCUGGUAUUUUAGGCUCAACCAACUAUCUGCUUUGAUAUUUGAAUUCGGGAUAUCCGAUUUCCUUUUGUUUGAGGGAUCAAAAGAGAGAAGGAGGGUCCGAUCUCCGUUCGUGUUUAUUCAUUCUUUCUUUCCUCGUUGCCACGAAACUCGAAAGUUAAAUUAAAUCCCAAAACGACGAUACUACUAGCACAGCUUCUGUGCUAUCUGUAGCUGAAGCAGGAAGGUUGUUUUGUUUUCUUUGAAGACUGAUUUAAUCGAUUAUUUAAAUUUGGUACUGAGAAAAUAAACAGAAUGUCGGUGGCCUCGGGAACUGUAAUUCCGUCGAAAAGCGGCCGCGGGGCCGUCGGAUUGCCGUCGGUGACGAAGCCCUUUGCGAACAAUCAAUUGAAUGUAGUACCUCUAAGUCGAGUGCUUGGCAUUAGGUCGGCAGCUGGGAGGAGGAGUGGAUGUGGUUUGGAAAGAAGUAGUAAACUUUUUGGAGCUAGGUUACCGCGAGCUCUAGGAUCGGAAAGGUCGCAUCUCUGGCAAACCGAUGGGCCGGGUCGACCCCCGAAGCUUAGGGUGUUCCAGCUACGAUCCGCAUUGUCUCAGAUCCCAGAGAAGCCGCUCGGUCUUUAUGAUCCUUCUUUUGAUAAGGAUUCCUGUGGAGUCGGCUUUGUUGCUGAACUUUCCGGCGAAAGCAGCCGUAAAACGGUGACUGAUGCGAUAGAGAUGUUGAUUCGGAUGAGCCACAGAGGUGCAUGUGGUUGUGAGACUAAUACUGGUGAUGGUGCUGGCAUUCUUGUGGCUCUUCCUCAUGAUUUUUACAAGGAGGUUGCAAAAGAAGUGGGCUUUGAACUACCGCCACCUAGGGAAUAUGCGGUGGGCAUGUUGUUCUUGCCUACAUCUGAAAGCCGUAGGGAGCAGAGCAAAAUUGUAUUUACCAAGGUAGCUGAAUCACUCGGGCAUACUGUUCUUGGAUGGAGGACUGUUCCAACAGAUAACUCCGGAUUGGGCAAGUCUGCUUUGCAGACCGAGCCUGUAGUUGAGCAAGUAUUUCUUACACCCACGCCAAGGUCAAAAGCUGAUUUUGAACAACAGAUGUAUAUUUUAAGGAGGGUUUCAAUGGUAGCUAUCCGAGCUGCAUUAAACCUCCAACACGGUGGUGUGAGGGACUUCUACAUAUGUUCUCUUUCCUCCAGGACGGUUGUCUACAAAGGUCAGUUGAAGCCUGCUCAGUUGAAAGAAUACUACUAUGCAGAUCUUGGCAAUGAAAGGUUUACGAGCUACAUGGCCCUGAUACACUCCAGGUUCUCAACAAAUACAUUUCCCAGUUGGGACCGUGCUCAGCCUAUGCGUGUUUUGGGUCACAAUGGGGAGAUUAAUACACUUCGAGGCAAUGUGAACUGGAUGAAAGCUCGUGAAGGUCUGCUAAAAUGCAAGGAGCUGGGUCUUUCCAAGACUGAGAUGAAGAAGCUCUUGCCUAUAGUAGAUGCUAGUUCAUCUGAUUCAGGAGCUUUUGAUGGUGUACUUGAGCUUUUAGUUCGAGCCGGUAGAAGUCUUCCUGAGGCUAUAAUGAUGAUGAUUCCUGAGGCCUGGCAGAAUGACAAGAAUAUGGAUCCUCAGCGAAAGGCCUUGUAUGAGUAUUUCUCAGCCCUUAUGGAACCAUGGGAUGGGCCUGCACUCAUAUCGUUUACUGAUGGUCGCUACCUUGGAGCAACACUGGAUCGGAAUGGGUUGCGUCCUGGUCGCUUUUAUAUCACUCACAGUGGCCGGGUGAUUAUGGCUAGUGAAGUUGGAGUGGUAGAUAUCCCACCUGAAGAUGUAUCUAGGAAAGGAAGACUUAAUCCAGGCAUGAUGCUUCUGGUAGAUUUUGAGAAGCAUGUUGUUGUAGAUGAUGAGGCAUUGAAGCAGCAGUAUUCGCUUGCAAGGCCUUAUGGGGAGUGGCUGAAGAGGCAAAAGAUAGAACUAAAAGACAUAGUAGAAUCUGUUCAUGAAUCUCAAAGGGUCUCUCCAGCUAUAGCAGGAGUUGUGCCUGCAUCAAAAGAUGAUGAUAGCAUGGAAAACAUGGGCAUUCAUGGGUUAUUGGCGCCUUUGAAGGCUUUUGGUUAUACCGUUGAAGCUCUGGAGAUGCUACUACUUCCAAUGGCAAACGAUGGUAUUGAGGCGCUUGGUUCAAUGGGAAAUGAUGCUCCCUUGGCGGUGAUGUCUAAUCGAGAGAAACUCACCUUUGAAUACUUCAAGCAGAUGUUUGCUCAAGUUACAAACCCGCCUAUUGAUCCCAUCAGGGAGAAGAUUGUUACUUCCAUGGAAUGCAUGAUAGGUCCAGAAGGUGAUCCGACAGAAACCACAGAAGAACAAUGUCACCGCCUCUCGCUGAAAGGGCCUUUUUUGUCCGUUGAAGAAAUGGAAGCAAUCAAGAAGAUGGACUACAGAGGCUGGCGCAGCAAGGUCAUAGAUAUCACCUAUUCUGUUGGCCAUGGUAGGAAGGGCUUGGAGGAGACCCUAGACCGGAUAUGCUCAGAAGCACAUGAUGCAAUUAAAGAGGGUUAUACAGCACUUGUACUUUCCGACAGAGCCUUCUCACCAAAGCGUGUUGCUGUAAGCUCUUUAUUGGCUGUCGGAGCUGUUCAUCAUCAUCUGGUGAAAAGGCUUGAGAGAACACGAGUUGCACUGAUUGUUGAAUCUGCUGAGCCUCGUGAAGUGCAUCACUUCUGUACUCUGGUGGGAUUUGGUGCAGAUGCAACCUGCCCUUAUUUAGCUAUAGAAGCAAUUUGGAGACUACAGGUAGAUGGGAAGAUUCCACCCAAGCCAACUGGUCAGUUCCAUUCCAAGGAUGAGCUUGUUAAAAAAUACUUCAAUGCAAGCAACUAUGGCAUGAUGAAGGUUCUUGCUAAAAUGGGAAUAUCAACUUUGGCAUCUUACAAGGGUGCCCAAAUAUUUGAGGCAGUUGGCCUUUCAUCUGAAGUCAUGGAGAGGUGCUUUACUGGGACUCCAAGCAGGGUUGAAGGUGCAACUUUUGAAGCACUUGCUAAUGAUGCUCUUGAGUUGCAUGAGCUGGCAUUUCCAUCAAGGGUCUUACCUGCUGGCAGCGCUGAGGCUGUAGCCCUCCCUAAUCCUGGUGAUUAUCACUGGAGGAAAGGUGGUGAAAUUCACCUGAAUGAUCCUCUUGCUAUAGCAAAGCUUCAGGAAGCUGCCAGAUCUAAUAGUGUGGCUGCUUACAAGGAAUAUUCGAGACGGAUACAAGAAUUGAACAAGAGCUGCAAUUUGAGGGGACUUUUGAAAUUUAAAGACGAAGUGAUGGGGGUUCCUUUGGAAGAAGUUGAACCAGCCAGUGAGAUUGUAAAACGAUUUUGUACCGGAGCAAUGAGUUAUGGAUCAAUAUCACUGGAAGCACACUCAACCCUUGCUAUUGCUAUGAACAAAAUUGGGGGAAAGUCAAACACAGGUGAGGGGGGUGAGCAACCAUCUCGCAUGGAUCCUCUGCCAGAUGGUUCAAUGAAUCCAAAGAGGAGUGCAAUUAAGCAGGUUGCAAGUGGAAGAUUUGGUGUUUCAAGUUAUUACCUCACAAAUGCUGAUGAGUUGCAAAUAAAAAUGGCUCAGGGAGCAAAGCCGGGAGAAGGUGGCGAACUUCCUGGUCACAAGGUUAUUGGUGACAUUGCCGUGACUAGAAACUCUACUGCUGGAGUGGGGCUGAUAAGCCCUCCGCCCCAUCAUGACAUAUAUUCAAUUGAAGAUCUUGCUCAACUAAUUCAUGACUUGAAGAAUGCAAAUCCUGGUGCACGUAUAAGUGUGAAGUUAGUUUCUGAAGCUGGUGUUGGGGUAAUUGCUAGUGGUGUCGUAAAGGGUCACGCUGAUCAUGUCUUGAUCUCGGGUCAUGAUGGAGGUACUGGGGCCUCAAGGUGGACUGGCAUCAAGAGUGCAGGGCUCCCAUGGGAACUUGGUCUGGCGGAGACCCACCAAACCUUGGUUGCGAAUGACCUUCGUGGCCGAACUGUUCUUCAGACUGAUGGCCAGCUGAAAACUGGAAGAGAUGUUGCAAUUGCUGCACUUCUUGGUGCCGAGGAGUUUGGUUUUAGCACUGCUCCCCUCAUCACUCUUGGCUGCAUUAUGAUGCGGAAGUGCCACAAAAACACUUGUCCAGUGGGGAUCGCCACCCAAGAUCCAGUUCUUCGAGAAAAGUUUGCUGGGGAACCAGAACAUGUCAUAAACUUUUUCUUUAUGCUAGCAGAGGAAGUCAGGGAAAUCAUGUCUCAGCUCGGAUUUCGAACGCUUAAUGAAAUGGUUGGUCGCUCAGAUAUGCUUGAACUCAAUGAAGACUUGGUCAAGAACAAUGAAAAGCUCAAGAACAUUGAUCUCUCUUUAUUGCUUAGACCUGCUGCUGACAUCCGGCCAGAUGCUGCACAGUACUGCAUACAGAAACAGGAUCAUAGUUUGGACAUGGCUAUGGAUAACAAAUUAAUAGAUCUGUCCAAAGCGGGAAUUGAAAAAUGUGUUCCGGUAUAUGUCGAAACUGGAAUUUGCAACACAAAUCGGGCUGUUGGAACCAUGCUUAGCCAUGAAGUAACAAAGCGCCACAGCAUGGUGGGACUUCCAGCAGAUACAAUUCACAUCAAAUUCAAUGGUAGUGCUGGCCAGAGUUUUGGUGCUUUUGUUUGCCCUGGCAUCACAUUGGAGCUGGAAGGUGACAGCAAUGAUUAUGUGGGUAAGGGACUAUCUGGUGGCAAGAUCAUUGUGUAUCCUCCCAGAGAAAGCAGGUUUGAUGCAAAGGAAAAUAUUGUUAUUGGAAAUGUGGCUUUAUACGGGGCUACUGGUGGUGAAGCUUACUUUAAUGGGAUGGCUGCGGAAAGGUUUUGUGUGCGAAACUCAGGUGCCAAAGCAGUUGUGGAAGGUGUUGGUGAUCAUGGAUGUGAAUACAUGACUGGUGGAACUGUUGUUGUGCUGGGGAAAACUGGAAGAAACUUUGCUGCUGGCAUGAGUGGAGGAAUUGCUUUUGUGCUUGAUAUGGAUUCUAAGUUCCAAUCUCAUUGCAACUCUGAGUUGGUGGAUCUUGAUAAAGUAGAAAACGAAGAUGAUAUUCUGACUUUGAAAAUGAUGAUACAACAACAUCAGCGCCACACCAACAGCAAGCUAGCGAAGGAGGUUCUUUCAAAUUUCGAUGAUCUUUUGCCUAAAUUUAUCAAGGUCUUCCCUAGAGACUAUAAACGGGUUCUUGCAAGCAUGAAAGAAAAGGAGACUGCCAACAUUGCUGCUGAAAGAACUGCAAGAGAAAUUGAGGAGCAAGAAGAGGCAGAGUUGAUGGGGAAAGAUGCUUUUGAAGAGCUUAAAAAGUUUUCAGCUGGAUCCUUGAACAAAAAAGCCAAUCAGGUAGAAAGGGUCAUUUCAGUUAAGAGGCCUACAUGUGUGGCUGAUGCCGAGAAGAAUGGAGGUUUUGUUCGAUACGAGAGAGAGGGUAUUUCAUAUAGGGAUCCCAACAAGCGGAUCUACGAUUGGAAAGAAGUUAUGGAAGAACUGAAACCUGGUCCACUUCUUACAACACAGUCUGCUCGCUGUAUGGACUGUGGCACUCCUUUUUGUCAUCAGGAGAACUCUGGAUGUCCCCUUGGGAAUAAGAUACCUGAAUUCAAUGAGUUAGUAUACCAGAAUAGAUGGCGGGAAGCAUUAGAUAGGCUUCUUGAGACCAACAAUUUUCCGGAGUUUACUGGCCGAGUCUGCCCUGCGCCUUGUGAAGGGUCUUGUGUGCUUGGUAUUAUCGAGAAUCCAGUCUCCAUCAAAAGCAUUGAGUGCACUAUCAUUGACAAAGCCUUUGAGGAGGGAUGGAUGGUACCAAGGCCUCCACAAAUGAGAACUGGGAAGAGAGUUGCUGUUGUUGGAAGUGGACCUGCUGGCUUAGCUGCUGCUGAUCAGUUAAAUAGGAUGGGUCAUGCUGUUACUGUGUUUGAGCGUGCUGAUCGAAUUGGUGGUCUUAUGAUGUAUGGGGUGCCCAACAUGAAGGCUGAUAAAGUUGAUGUUGUCCAGAGAAGGGUUGAUCUUAUGGAAAAGGAAGGUAUCAACUUUGUGGUUAAUGCCAAUGUAGGCAAAGAUCCCUCAUUCUCCCUAGACCGACUUCGUGAGGAACAUGAUGCAAUUGUUUUGGCUGUUGGAGCCACAAAGCCCAGGGACCUUCCUGUUCCUGGACGUGAGCUUUCUGGAGUGCAUUUUGCCAUGGAAUUUCUUCAUGCUAAUACGAAGAGUUUGCUUGACAGCAAUCUUGAGGAUGGCAAUUUCAUUUCAGCCAAGGGCAAGAAGGUAGUGGUUAUUGGUGGAGGUGAUACUGGUACUGACUGCAUAGGUACCUCUAUUCGACAUGGUUGCAGUGGUCUUAUAAAUCUAGAACUUCUUCCUCAGCCUCCACAAUCUAGGGCCCCAAACAACCCUUGGCCACAGUGGCCUCGGGUAUUUCGCAUAGACUAUGGACACCAGGAAGCUGCUGCCAAGUUUGGCAAAGAUCCAAGGUCCUACGAGGUAUUAACCAAGCGGUUUGUGGGAGAUGAGAAUGGAGUGGUUAAAGGACUAGAGAUUGUACGAGUCCAGUGGGAGAAGGAUCCUAGUGGGAAGUUCCAAUUUAAGGAAGUGGAAGGCUCAGAGGAGAUGAUUGAGGCUGAUCUAGUUUUGUUAGCAAUGGGCUUCCUUGGUCCUGAAUCGACCAUAGCGGACAAACUUGGAUUGGAGAAAGACAAUAGAUCGAACUUGAAAGCAGACUAUGGGCGCUUCUCAACGAGUGUGGAAGGUGUAUUUGCAGCUGGGGACUGUCGGCGUGGCCAGUCUCUGGUUGUAUGGGCCAUCUCCGAAGGCAGGCAAGCAGCUGCACAGGUGGACAAGUAUCUCAUGGAAGACACAACAGGCCUUCCUAUUGAUGGCAGAAGGCAAGAGGAUUUUGUCAAGAGAGAACAAGAUAGCAACAGACAGACGGUAAGGACAUAGACUUAGAAGCCGCAAUUACUACUAGCGUCUGAACGCAGGCGUGUACUGUAAUUACUGUAUGUGCAAGACACCAUUUUUAUUUGGUCGUCUGCUCGUGGUGCGCGGAGGAUCAUCAAGGAAAUAAGCUGCAAAGAGGCUUGUCAUCAUGUGUCAGAUACUAAAGGUCCGAGUGGAAGCAUGACAAUUUUUGGUGGGGUUGGUGUUAGCUUUUGUGUUAAUGAUGCCAAUGUAAGCUUCUUUCUCUGUUCUUCAUAUUUUGUUUGUGUUAAUUAAGUUUCAACUCUGUAUUUGGCCGAAAGGUGGCCGUGGCUCACUAUGUGUGCUAGUAUCAGCAAAAAUAAUGUACAGUUUAAACGAUUUAUUUGCGACCCAAAUAAAUGCAUGGGGAGUCCUAGUGAUUGUUUACUC